UCUAGCGCUAUAUAUACACGAAAAAUAGACUACAGCCUAGUGCUGGAUAUGCACCAAAAGUAGACCAAUACCUAUAGUGCUGAAUAUCCACGAAAGGUAGACCACUUCCUAGUGCUGGAUAUCCACCAAAAGUAGACCACAACCUUGUGCUGGAUAUCCACCAAAAGUAGACCGCUACCUAGUGCUGGAUAUCCACCAAAAGUAGACUAAUACCUAGUGCUGAAUAUCCUAGAAAAGUAGACCACUAUCUAGUGCUGGAUAUCUACUGUUAAAGAUCGAGGUUUGUCUGACAAAGGUGUUUCGAGGAUGACCGCUGUGACGGAUACACAGAUGGAAAGACUGCCGCUUAAGUUGGAAUCCAGAUGUAGUGAGGAGAGUUAUGAAGAUGAUGUGUUUCUGUCGAAACGCUCCAUGGAUGAACUUGCCGAAGGGUCGGACGACGACACACCAAUUAGACCUAUUGCUUUCCCCAAGCAUGGAAUGUUUUCAGAUCUGACCGAUAGGUCUUACGUCAGCGACACAGAAAGCGUAGAUGGCGACGAUUUAUGCGAUAACGUAUUCAUCGACACGCACACUGAUGACGUCAGCUUACGCCAUCAAGGUUACAUCUGUCUCCAAUCGACGUCAACAUCACCGUCGCCACCGUCGUCGGCGUUUACGCUAGGAAGCACGUCAUCUUACAACAUGAAUGUUAUCAGUUUAACAAGAACAUCAGCCGACAGCCAGAGCUCUCCUCUGGACCUGAGGCGUAAACAACUUCAUCGUUCCCAUGGCGAAGAAGUGAUUGUCACUCACGGAAACCCUCUAAAAAAAGUGGCGCGGAGAAUGUUCACAAAUUGUCGCGAAAGAUGGCGUCAACAAAAUGUAAAUGGUGCGUUUGCUGAGCUGCGGAAACUUGUUCCAACACAUCCACCGGACAAGAAACUGAGCAAGAACGAAAUCCUCAGACUGGCAAUAAAAUAUAUAAAUUUGCUGUCGAACGUCGUAGACUUCCAGAAAAAGACAUCUGGGUGUCUGUCAGAGGAAGAAGCCAUGGACAUGGGAGAGAGGUAUCCACGCCCUGCAUCUCACCUUCUCGUCAAGUCCCCGGAUGUUAGUCGUACUUCUGGCAGCCAUUCCCCGGGAUCUAGUUUCUACGACGACAACAGUGGGGAAGAGUCAGUGUAGUGAGAAGUAAAUAAACCCAGUGCUUGUUGACUGAUCAUGUCACCAUUUGGAACAGGCUGAGAAGAUGUCCGGGAUAUGAAAUUUCUGCAAAAAACUAUUGCCUUCAUCACGUGACGAAGGCUGGUCUGACCAGUGUGAAUCAAGUCUUCUCAAUCAUUAAUAUCUAUUUUUCAUUCAACAAAAGACUUAAACAUGAGACUUUUUCUUCUACUAACGCUUAUCAUAUUUAUUUAAAAACUUAUUUUCACACUCGCCUAAGAGAAAGAGAGUAGGCUAGAGUGAAUAUAUGUAUUUGACAAAGGGCGAGUACAUGCCCAUACAUGCCCAUAUAGGACUAUGUGUAUUUGACAAAGGGCGAGUACAUGCCCAUACAUGCCCAUAUAGGACUAUGUGUAUUUGACAAAGGGCGAGUACAUGCCCAUACAUGCCCAUAUAUGACUAUGUUUUUCCUCACGAUGGUAAAAUAUUCACGGAAGCCAUGAACUCUCCGUUCAGUGAUUCAUCGCCAUGAUGGGUUGUCCCUUAUUACAAUUAGGCCUACACAAUAAUAUUUUACCGUACUAAAUACUGUGUAAUUAACCAACAAUGUUGAUCUCACUUCCACAUGUGCGUUCUGUCCUUCCAUCACUACAGAGCUUAUGUCUUGUUUCAUCCUACUUUAGUUUGUCAUCAUUAAUCAUAAUCCAUGCAUUUUAGGAUUAACGCCAACGUUUUAACUGUGAAUCAUAUGUCCAUUAGGAUUAACGCUAACGUUUUAACUGUGAAUCAUAUGUCCAUUAGGAUUAACGCUAACGUUUUAACUGUGAAUCAUAUGUCCAUUAGGAUUAACGCUAACGUUUUAACUGUGAAUCAUAUGUCCAUUAGGAUUAACGCUAACGUUUUAACUGUGAAUCAUAUGUCCAUUAGGAUUAACGCUAACGUUUUAACUGUGAAUCAUAUGUCCAUUAGGAUUAACGCUAACGUUUUAACUGUGAAUCAUAUGUCCAUUAGGAUUAACGCUAACGUUUUAACUGUGAAUCAUAUGUCCAUCAUACGUUGUCCUUGUGAAGGGUUUCAUCAGUACUUUUUUUCAUCUCUGAUGUAGCCUUUUUUCGAUUCAAACAUAUCCAGAAAGAUGCAAAAAAUACUGUUCCAACUUCAAAAUUGUAGUUGACUAACGAAUAGAAAGGUGGAGACGUUUUCCCGCACUAAUGACAAUCAUGGCUACCAAGCCGCAUAAGGGGCUAGAGGGCGUGGUAUUCAAUUUGUUUUUCUCAAUACAUAUACUGAGGUCUGGCUCAUGCAUAGUUUAAUAAAAUCAAUUUUGUUAAUCUAAGGGUUGAAAAGUAAAAAUCCUUUCAGUCCAUUCUUUCGGUGUGUUUGUUGGCCUGUUGGACACCACAUCUCAAUUAACAUGGGCCAUUCUCUUGACUAAAAGCCUGAGUGCAAGACCAAAACAUUGGCGCUCUUCUUUUUUAC